AGCGCGAGUUGUUUGUCUACGUUGUGUAUAGAUAGGUUGGGAUUGUUGGGUGUUUACGUUUGACAAAUUUUGUUACCCGUAUUCGUGUGUAGGUGAUAUACCUCACAGAACUUUUUCUUGUAUGUUUAUAAACGUGAACCUGAGUUUUGUCGUAUUAGAAUUACUACCGCUUAAUUCGGUAAAAACGUUGCUCGAAAUUUAACCUCUCUUCAGGAAUGCAUCGCCGGUUGGUGCAGUAGAAGUUUACCGACGUUUCGGAGGACCUGACUGUCGUCAUCGUCAGCGUUUUUGCUAGUUGCCUGCAUCUUGUUGACUACUCGGUAGACUCACACGUCGAUUCCGAAGAUGAUGGCAGAAUGUUUCUCCGAAACGUCGAUGCAAGCCGCGGGAUAGUUUCCAGGUAGAAUCAAUGAAUUCAGAACAGGUGUUAACACGCAAUGUGUUCAUAGAUACUUUCAUCACCAUGAUCAAGGCCAGUCGUCCACAGCAUAUGGCAUGCGAACAGCAAGCCAGAUUCAUUGAAGAGAGGAUAGCCUCAGUUGAGAAGCAUUUUGCAGAACUGUGUACAAUAUUUGCAGCUUACACAAGGAAGUGUGCAGGGUUGAGAGAUAAAUCUGAUGAAGCAGUAAAGGCAAUCCAAGAUUAUGCAGAAGCUGAAAAUGUGAACAGGUCAUUAAGGAAUGGCUUACUUCAGUUUUCCUCUACAUUAUCAGCUAUAGGAGACUACAGGGAUGCCCAAGUUCAGCGCUUAGAUUCCAAAGUUGUAUCAGAGCUCUCACAGUAUGAAGAUAUUUGCAAACAUGCCAAAGAAGAAGUCAAGAAUACUUUUGUUGUCCGUAAUCAAGAGUUGGCCCGUAGGAAACAUCUGGAUCGAGUCAGGGAGAGAAAUCCUCGAAACAGGCAGCAAAUAUCUCUUGCUGAGACAGAAUUACUGAAAGCAAGUGCUAAUGUCUCUCGGACUGUGAAAGCCCUUGAAGAGCAGAUUGAUAUGUUUGAGAAGAAGAAGUUGCAUGACAUAAAGUCUUUAUUCCUAACUUUUGUUACUAUUGAGCUUGGUUUUCACACAAAGGCAAUUGAGUUCUUCACUAAGGCCUACCAGGAAAUAGCAGAUAUAGAUGAAAAUGAGGAUUUAGAGGAGUUCCGGAAUGCUCUGAGAGUUCCUGAUUCAUUGUCUCGCCUGGACACAGUGAAACGAACAUCAUUUCGGAACAGCUCCUUCUCACUUGCUAAUUUAUUUGCUGUGCCCCCUAGUUUUAGAAAACCAAGUGAAGGAACCUGUCACUUACCUUCCAGAAUUGCAGCCACUAGUGAUACAGUGGAAUCCAUCAAAACUGGUUUAGAGGACUCUGUGGAUUCAGUGCAUGCAAAAGAUUACCUAGAGGAUGAAUCUUCAUCACUUGCCUCUGAAGAAGAAGAACGGAGACAUAAUCUGCAACAAACACAACUGUAUGCUGAGGCCUAGCUGCUGGGUGCAGACUUACCAAAACAAGUUCACCUUUAUUAUGUGAUGGAACUGAUUUCUGCAAGAGGGUGAAGACACAAUACCCAGUGUGGAAUAAAGAAAAAUGGUUGUCUGACAUCACAGUUAUU